GUACUUGUUAGUGUUUUUCAAUUAAACAUGACGAAAAAAUCGAAUCAUGCUACCAAUAAAAUUCAGCUGAUACUGCUGAUAGCUGGGAUGACAUGUUGCUGUAUAUCCGACGGUUUCAUUUUCGGUCAGAUGUCAGGAAUGACAGAUGCCUUAAGAGCUUCUGACAGCACUAUACCGUUAACAGAUGAUGACAUAUCAUGGAUAGCAUCCACCAUCAACGUAACCUGCGUAAUUGGAUUCUUGGUAGUGGGUAUACUGGCCAAACUUCUGGGUCGAAGAGCAUCAAUAUCAAUACUUAGUACUCCUCUAUUAAUAUGCUGGAUUAUACUCUACUUCGUGGGGGAUAAAAUUCUUCUUUUAUGUACCAGAGUCAUAGUCGGAGUCACUUUUGGAGGAGUAGCAAUGCUUGUUUCUGUGUGCAUUGUGGAAUAUUUAGAUCCCCACGUACGACAAUACGCUUUCUCUUUUAUUUCCAGCGUUGGAUCUCAAGUUGGCGUCACAUUGGGACAUGUACUCUGCCUUCUUAUGGAUUGGAGAUAUGUUGCGUUAGUAGGAUUGGUACCAACAGGGAUAUCUUGCUUGAUUCCUUUAUUUUGGACCGAAAGUCCGUCCUGGCUGGCAACACACGGUAGGUUUGAAGAAUCCGAAGAGGCUUUCUGGACAUUACAUGCUCAAAGUGAAGUAAGAGAAUCUGAGCUUCGGCAACUAAUCACGCACGAAAGGCAGAAGAAAAGAGAGUUUCUGAUACAGAGUAACACGAAUAGUGCCUUCGUCAAAUUUUUGUUUGCAUGUAAAGAGGUAUACUACUGGCGGAUUAUUGUUAUUGGUGUUAUUAUUGGAACAUAUAGAGCUGCGGCUGGUCGUAUUUUGCUUUUUACAUUAGCUUUAACAAUGAUACAAGAAAUAACAGGAGAUAGCGAUAUUUUAUUGUAUACAAUAGUCGUCGACGGGUUUGGGAUAUUUGGUGCAGCAUUAUCUUGCUUUUUGGUAAAGAGAUUUCCGAUGAGAAGUCUGUUGCUCGUUUCUGGGACUAUAGCAAAUAUUUUACUAUUGCUAGUGAGUGGAUCGUUAUACUUUGUGCCAAAUAAAGAAUGGUAUCCUUGGAUAAAAAUACUUCUUAUAGCAUGUUAUUGUAUAAUAAUUAAUGCCGGACCAUACCCAGUUUUGGACAUAGUUCUGGCUGAAAUACAUCCUUUGCAUAUAAAGGAAUUUAGUAUUUUUCUUAUUGGAGGGCUAGGGGGCACAAUACAAUUUUUAUGGAUCAAAUUAGCGGGAACAAUGUUUGAUAAUAUAGGUUAUUCUGGAACUUUUCUUUUUAAUUCUGCUAUUGUUUUCUUUUGUAUAAUUUAUAUGUGGAGGUAUAUGCCCGAAACUAAAGGUAAAACUUUACAAAAUGUCGAAUUAUUCUUCAGGACAGGUAAAUUCGAUCACAUAAAUAAUGAACGUCUUCGUGAAUUGUUAUAAUGAGUAAGCUGUUUGUAAUACCUACGUCUUUUAGUUAUUGUACAUAUGUACAUAUAUCGUGUAUGAAAAGAUUUUUAAAACUAACGUUGAUUUUUAAAACUGACGCAAAUUUCACGGGUCAACACUUCGACUUUAAAGUUCUACAUGCAAAGCUUUUAUAUUAAAUUGGCCGAUUGAACCUUUAAAGAUUUGGUUUUAAUUGAAGAUGAAACCAUUAGUUAUUCAUCAUGAUGUGAUAACCACACUCCGAUCGCAUCCGAUUUUUAAUGUUUAAAUUAUUUUUUUUUAACUAUCAUAAAACAGAUGCAAUACUAAAAAAGGUAUUUUCUUUUCGUUUCUGUUCAUAAUUAAGCUAAAAAUUAUUAAAUAAACUAUAGUGAUCUGGAACGAUAUCUUUUUUGUAGUAGCAGUGUUAUCAUCCAGACCAGUUUGAUCAAUAUGAAUGUAGGCUUCCAAUAACGUCUGCUUUAUGUCGUAGAAUAGGCUUGUAUUUCCGGAUAUUUCUCUGAAACUUAUAGUCACAUCUCGAUUCCUUUUUAAUUUUAAUUUUUCAACCUUCAACAAGUCAAAAUUUCAUUUUUUUUUACUACUGAAAUAUAAAUAUUUAAUUAAUCUGUGGAAAAAUGUGGAAACUACUACUAAUUGAUUAAUAGCGAUUAAUGAAAAAAAAAUGCAAUUAUAUGUUAUUAUCCUGUCAGAUAGGACAAUAUUCAUUGAUAUGUAUGCGUGACAUUGUUGAUAAGAAUAAUUGGUUAUAAAUAAAUUUUACAUGACUCCAUACCGAGCUCUAUGCUCGUUAGCGUUUAGUUAAUGAGAUAGUUUGAUUGUUUAUAAAAUAACACUUUAUUAAAUUAAUAAUACAUAUAC